AUGCCUGGCGGGGUGAUGUCCAAGCCCUUCGCCUGGAACUUCGAGCCUCGGAGCGUGGCCUUCAAACUCUGCGUGCAGGCGAGCUUUCACCCCUCCGUGAGCAACUGCACGGUGUCGAUACCCUUCCUGGACGCCGGCGGCAACUUGUCCGCCUCGGUGGCGGUGAGCCUCGGCGCUUCAGAGGUGAAACCUCGACAGGCCGGGCCAGGCGGACGCAGCGCAAAGUGCGUAACCACGGAGAAGGAGAUCGGCAACUUCAAUGUGACCUUGGAGUUCGUGAAGGCCAUCCAGCGCGCCAAGCUGCCGGUGAGUGUGGCCCUCGAGGGCGCAGGCGCGCCGGUGAGCGACGCCAAGAUCUGCCUCGGGCCUUUGCUGCUGGCCGGCAGCGAAGCGCUGAGCCCGGAGACCUACAGAACCGGGGAGCCGCCGAGGUCCAAAAGACUUCGGCCCACCAACUCGGUGUCUGCAUCCUUCACCGAGUCGGUGGGCGUCGCAGGCCUCUACAGCCUCGAUGUUUUUGUGGCGAUGGACAAGCCGUUGCUGAGCCAAGAGAUGAUGCUGCGCUUGAUGCCUGCCUGCUUCCGGGUGGAGAUGCUGCAGGGCCUGCCCAACGAGAAGUGGCUGCCUCAAAAGUGCGAGGAGGUCUUUGUGGAGAUCUACCCGAAGCUCAGCAGUGCCUCCGAAGGUCUGAGUGAGACCUGCCCACGCAUGCAGUCAGAGAGAAGGCCGCACAACACCACGGCAGACUUCACAGAGCCGGUGGUUUGGCUUUUGGGCUUCGCUCCUCCCCACGCGCUCCGCGAGUGGAUGCAGCACGAGGGGCUGGUAGUGGAGGUGCAUGACAGAGACCCCAAGCAGAAGAAGGUGGACGAAAGCGCUCCAAUCACGCAGGCGCCCGUGCACGGGCACGGUGUGGCCCGGUUUCCAUUGGGGCCCUUGCUCCAGCGUUAG